CCUCCUACCAAGGGGACGCUCAGUUCGCCCAGUGGUGCCGUAGCUCUGACAGUUGAGCCGAGGUCGGCCGGUUUUGAGAAACGCCUUUCGUCUUGCUAUUUAGUACCACGUCCGGUCUGAGAUCCCUAUAGCGAAUAUUUGCAUAAUUUAUGAAUUAAUAUUUGGACAUCAGUUUUUUUUUCUGAGUGUAAACUAUCACUGUGACUGUCGUUUUCAAUUAAUUUUCGCACAGUGUUGUGCGGAAAUGGCCUUCAUUCAUAAUUUGAUUCCCAUUUUGCGCAAACGAUUACGUUUUUGAGUGUGAGCGUGCGGUUGCGUGUGUGGUAAUAGCACGCAUUGCGAUAAGAGUUGAGCAUAACUCGCUUUAGUCCCUUGCAUACAAUUGAGUUAUACAAUACAUAUUUACAUACAUACAUAUGCAUAUACAUAUGUAUGUAUUUAUAAAUAUUUGUGCUUCUGUUAUCAAUAAAAUGUUUUAUUCAUGCGUAUAAAAUUAGCUCAACUUUUGAUCAGCGUUGCUAUAAAAAGCCAUUGCGCGCCAGGAAGCUGCGACAAAGCAACUUAAGCGAGCAAAGAAAAUUGCGUGCCGCCAACGCGAUUAUAGUGAAUUCAAAGCAAAGCAAACGCAGUGUACGAAGGCAGGCGUUUAUCCGCGAUUUAAUAUUAGCACAAGUAGUAAAUAUUUUUGUGCAUUUCUGAAAUCACCAAAUCUCACACUUUUGGCACACUAACGGAAACGCCUUUUGCAGAAAAUCUAAAUGUUUCAAUUGUUGCCGAUAGCGCUGCUGAUCUCACUGCGCGCUGUGAGCGCUUUACCGCUCAGCGAUCACGAAUUAGCUGCGGACCACGCCCCCACAUUGCACACAUAUCACGUUUCAUCACAGCGUAAAGAUCCUGUCACUGAUUUUCCUCACUCUACCGACGAGCCGAUACUGCACGAACUGGACGAGGCACUGACCAAGCUGGCCAACGUUUACAUGCAGGCACUUUUCUCCGGCACACACACACCCGAAUUGGAGACAGAGCUGAACGCCUUGGAGUUGCGACUUUUCGAUCUUCUCGAUUCACUCUACAAGGAGAAUCGCAUGUCCGAGUAUAUGAAAUACGAGGCUGAGGUUACACACAAAAUGAUUAUUUAUAAUUUGCUGAAGAAACUUUUCGGAUACGCGAAGGAUGAAAAGUAAGUGCGCAGCGCGUAGUGCAGCAGCAUUAAGAAAUGACCAUUAGACGACAGUUCGCAACAACGAAUGGACUUUCGACAUUCAAGGAAAAUGUUUAAGAGCAUAUUUGUCGGCUAUGCAGGAUGAGCGGCAAUACAGUGUGUUCCGGCUGGAAGUGUUUAUCAGAGCAAAGUGAUGAAGUACUGUAGGUACUUGGUUGAUGGAGAAGUGGGCGUAGAGGCGCUACAAGUAAUAUUUAUUUUUAUUUCGUGACACAUACUUCUGUAUAUUUGUGAAUAUGUAUACUUAGAAUGUGAACAUGCAGUAGGUACUACUAAUGAACAAAAAUAUAAAUUCUUAUGUAAGUAAAUAUAUUGUACAAAUGGAUUUUUUUUUUAAUGAAAAGUCAUUGCCUAGAGAUUGAUUAAA